CCCGAAAAUCCGACUACAGAACCAACAGUAUAUAUGGAGGCUGAAGCAUCAUGGGCUGCAAUUCAUUUUAUAAUCAAGUUUAAAGCUCGAAGAAUUGAAUAUUGUAUCCUCAACGCUACGCCAGCGAAAGCAUCGAUAUCAUGGCUUCUAAUACAAGGCACGAGACGAACCCCCUAUCCUUGGCGAACAAGAUUGCUAUAGUCACUGGUGCAUCUCGAGGUAUCGGGGCAGGAAUAGCACUUGAACUGGCUCGUCACGGUGCGAAGAUAGUCAUAACAUACACGUCUCCAGGGAGCUCGAAAGGCGUAGAUGAGCUCAUCUCUCAGAUCAACGAUCUAGACAACGGCGCGAGUGCAAUUGGGAUCCAGGCCGACCUGCGACAAAUAUCCGCUGCACAAGCAAUCGUUGAAGCUACCCUCGCUAGAUUCGGUCCCAAAGUCGACAUUCUUGUCAAUAACGCCGGCGUCGAGCUCGUCAAACCCCUUCAAGACAUCACCGCGUCGGACUUAUCCUACGUUUACGACCUCAACGUCCGAGCACCGCUCCUCCUAACGCAAGCCGUGCUCCCCCACCUCCGCGCCCCUGGUCGCAUCAUCAAUCUCAGCUCCGUCGGCGCGCGUGCCGGUUUCAAGAACCUCUCCGUAUACUGCUCCUCAAAGGCGGCACUGGAAGGUCUGACGCGGUGCUGGGCGGCCGAGCUCGGAGCUCAGGGACACACAGUAAAUUGCGUUAACCCAGGCCCAGUACAGACGCAGCUAAUAGAUAAUAUUCCGAAGGAGACGGUUGAGAUGCAGAAGGCGUCAACACCGGUUCAGAAUCGGAUUGGUACGGUCGAUGAUAUUGCGCAGAUUGUGUCGUGGAUGGCGAGCGAAGGGAGUAGAUGGGUUACUGGGCAGGUUGUGAGUGCCAGUGGAGGAUGGGCUAUGUAUUAAUUUGUAUUAUUAAUAUGUGGGAGGGUAGAGAUUCGGGCAAUUUUUGAACAAGAUCCACAUAGAGUCAUCUUAAACCGGUAUUCGAG